AAUGCCAGUUAGUGGUUUUGAAUACACCACCAGACCCUAUAGCUCCUUUCGAGGACCUAGGGGUAGUUGUGCCAUGCAGCAUCAUACCACAGCUACAUAUUUACGACAACAACCGACAACAAAUUCGGCUCAUCACUCCCAUCAUAAUUGCACCAAAAUAUCUUUGAAUGGUGGCAACCCUUUACAGACUUCCUCUUCAGCCAGUUCCAUAGCACCCAUGCGCACUAGUUUUUAUGGUACCCGUUAUAACCACAAAGUGGCCCCUAGUGGGGGAGAUCUUACAAAAAAUUCCAACUCAAAUGGUGGUGGAUCGGUGACCACAUCCUCCACCACCACGGUGAGUGUUAAACCUCUAACCCCAAAGUUGGUGAAACGUAUCGAAACAACCUGCUCUCAAACACAUAACAAGGCUCGUGAUCCCAAUCCACCAACAGCAGCAGCAGUGACAUCCACGUCAUCCUCCACAACAACAACAAAUGGUGUUAACUCCACCCCACCCACUGCCCAUAAACAGUAUUUAAGGCCACGUAAUUUACCACCCACACCCCCUCAAAGGAAGUCCUCAAAUUUCGAUAGGUUCCAUCAGACCAAUUUAAGUAUUCGACAAAAGACUAGCAGCAGCAGUAAUGCCAACAACACGAACACCACACAUGCCAAUUGUUCAUCUGCCAUCAGUUCCAGUAAUGGUUCACAAGAAUCCCUAAUACCCAAGGCGAUCCCCACUUCGAGUGUAAGCACCCAGAAACGGGCCUAUGCCAAUACGGUGAGUAAAAUCGCCAAGGAAAAUCAACCCAAGGAACUAACACAAAAUGGAUCUCAUCAUAAUGGACCGGCCAAGUCCAUUAAAUCCUAUCCAGCCCCCUUACCACCCACAGCCUCGUUUCGCAGGAAAUGUAAGGAGGAGUCCUCCGCUUCGCCUAAUUUAAAUCAGCGACGUUUCAUAUCAAGUGUGGGCAUCAAUUCCUUUAAUGCCAGCUGUAAUGCCAAGGCCUUGCCAUCACCGGCCAUGGGACAGCGUAACCGGACAACUACAACUGCUCAUAAUUCCUCAGCUGCCCCGGGUACCCCCACAUUUGGGCGCAAUAAACCCACAACUGCUUCCACAACAAGGAGUAUCGGCGCAUCCUCCUCCAACUAUGGACAAAAUAAAAAUUAUUCCCACAGUCACCAGCAGCAUUCAUCGAUAAUGGCCCACAAAACUGGCAGUACUGGUAGUAAUAGUUCUUCAAAUCAAUCGAGUGGUUCUCAGGGUUCACCCAAGUCCAAGAAAGCCUUCUCAACGAAAUUCCCUCAGGGUUUGCCUUUUGAAGAUGAGUUCUAUCGGCGUAAUCGUUCCUAUUCGCAAUCCUCUUCAAGCAACUACAGCUUCUAUAGUUCCAAUGGCGGGGGAGGUGGGCGCACAGGUGAUAAUGCCACCACACCUCCAACUCCUCGGGAUUAUGACGAGGCCGAGGAUGAUGAAUUCCAGCGGAAACCCUCCAAUGAUGAACCACUCUAUGUUGACUUUACCAAGGUCAUCAAUCAUCAUCAACACAAAACAACGAAUGGCCGGAUAUCUCCACAAACCACCUGGAUAGGUGGCCCCGGAAAUACCAGCAAACUCAUUACCAACCCCUCAACGAAUUAUGAUUCUAGUCUAAAUUCACCUCAUUCGCAACGACGUUGCAGUCACCUCUUGAGCAACUCCUCAAACACCUAUCAACACAAUCAUGCGAACAAUUCGACAGAUACUCUGAACACUUUGGCGACGGCAAAUUCGACAACCUCGCUACGUUCUAGAACGAAAUAUUCCACCUGUAUCAACGAUUAUCUCUACGCUAGUAAUGGUAAAUUGUCCAACAAUGUGGCAACUCCGCCAGCUAGUGAUAGUAGAAAAUCUCUUUUAUAUUCUUCGAAAUAUUUGGAUCCUUAUCAUCAAGCCGAUAAUGGUUAUUAUACCCAUGCUUCACCAGAUUCUUCGCCACCACCACCAUCCACCUCAUCUCAUCAGACGGACAUCUAUAAGGCUGUUGCAUCGUGGGCUCCAAAAUGUUCACAUCCGACUAAGGUUCGAAUACCAUCAUCAUCAUCGGCUGCCGAUUCGAACAACAACAAUCAGAAAGAGGAUUAUAUCAAACACCGUUAUUUGCCACAACAUGAAAUUGCAGAUAAAUAUUAUGUGUCACCCUGUAUUAUCGACAAGUCGGAUGAUGUUUUGGAGUCCACGAAUCGUGAGUAUAG